UCCCUAGUAACCCACAUGGUAACCGAGUUCCCUGUGUUUUGAGUUUCGGCGGUAAGACGUUAUCCGAGGCACGGGAGGCUUUUUCUUCACCGUGAGCUUUGCUUCAGGGUUUUUACUUCACAUCUCUGUAAAGUAAGUGUAAUUAUGAAGAUCGAGGAGGUAAAAAGCACCACGAAGACCCAGCGGAUCGCCUCUCACAGUCACGUCAAAGGACUCGGGCUAGACGAGGCCGGCAAUGCUAAACAGUCAUCAUGUGGUCUGGUCGGCCAGGAGGCUGCCAGAGAGGCUUGUGGCAUCAUUGUCGAGCUGAUCCGUUCAAAAAAGAUGUCAGGACGGGCAGUGCUACUAGCAGGACCGCCCGGUACAGGAAAGACUGCCCUCGCCUUGGCUGUAGCACAGGAGUUGGGAAACAAGGUGCCUUUCUGCCCGAUGGUAGGGAGUGAGGUCUACUCAUCUGAGAUUAAAAAAACUGAAGUCCUGAUGGAAAAUUUCAGGAGGGCCAUUGGACUGCGUAUCAAAGAAACAAAGGAGGUGUAUGAAGGGGAGGUGACUGAGCUGACCCCCUGUGAGACGGAGAAUCCCAUGGGUGGCUACGGAAAAACCAUCAGCCACGUCAUCAUCGGUCUGAAGACGGGCAAAGGCACAAAGCAGCUCAAGCUGGACCCCAGUAUUUAUGAGAGCCUUCAGAAAGAGCGUGUGGAAGUGGGAGAUGUCAUCUACAUUGAAGCCAACAGUGGAGCUGUCAAGAGACAAGGUCGCUGUGACACCUUUGCUACAGAGUUUGACCUGGAGGCAGAGGAAUAUGUGCCGCUGCCCAAAGGCGACGUCCACAAAAAGAAGGAGAUAGUCCAAGAUGUCACACUGCACGACCUGGAUGUUGCAAAUGCCAGACCCCAGGGAGGCCAGGACAUUCUCUCCAUGAUGGGACAGCUGAUGAAGCCCAAAAAGACAGAAAUCACAGACAAGCUGCGUGCUGAGAUCAACAAGGUGGUGAACCGCUACAUUGACCAAGGCGUAGCCGAGCUCGUACCCGGCGUGCUGUUUGUGGACGAGGUGCACAUGCUGGACAUCGAAUGCUUCACGUACCUUCACAGAGCGCUCGAGAGCACCAUCGCCCCCAUCGUUGUGUUCGCCUCAAACAGGGGGAACUGCUUAAUCAGGGGGACAGAGGACAUCUGCUCUCCACACGGCAUCCCUCUGGACCUGCUGGACAGAGUCAUGAUCAUACGCACCAUGUUGUACACACCACAGGAGAUGAAGCAGAUCAUCAAGAUCCGCGCUCAGACCGAGGGGAUCAAUAUCAGCGAGGAGGCUCUUUCACACUUGGCAGAGAUCGGUACCAAGACCACCCUCAGGUACGCUGUACAGCUCCUGACGCCGGCCAGUCUGCUGGGCCGUGUUCAGGGUAAAGAAUCCGUGGAGAGGGAGCAGGUAGAAGAAAUCAACGAGCUGUUCUACGAUGCCAAGUCUUCGGCCAAAAUCCUCCAAGAUCAACAUCACAAGUUUAUGAAAUAAAACCGAAUUUCUACUUUUUCAACUCACAGGGCUGCUCACACUGCGUUCUCAGUCAGUUGUUCCAUGCUUUGUGUCCUUUGCAUUUACCCACUGGUUCAGUCUCACUCAUGUCCAUGCCCCAUGUACUGUAGUAGUUUUGUUCUAAUAAAUUUUUAUCCAUUUGUUUUGUUGAUGAGAAUAAUUUUUUGAAUAAAAAAAAGGAAAAACACAA